CCUCACGCCUCGACCUUCAACGCGCGUAAGACAUUCCUGACACUUCACCUAUAUCCUUGAGCUCCAGACCUCCCUAUUCUCGCCCAAGAAACCAUUUGUCGCGCCCUUAAACUAUAUCUGCAAGAAUAUUCGCAUUUCGUGGGCCUUCCCUUCAAAGAUGCCGUUCAAUACCCAGCUCACCCGGGCCCUGGGGAUCAGAGUGCCCGUGGUCCAAGGUGGCAUGCAAUGGGUCGGCUAUGCUGAGCUUGCCAGCGCUGUUAGCAAUGCCGGUGGUCUGGGAAUAUUGACGGCCCUCACCCAGCCCACUCCAGAAGACCUCCGAAAGGAGAUCCGGCGCUGCCGGAAUAUGACAAAGAAUCCGUUUGGCGUCAACCUUACUCUCCUCCCAGCCCUCGUUCCUCCUGACUAUGGGGCAUACGCACAAGUAAUAAUUGACGAGGGAAUCCGGAUCGUUGAGACCGCCGGAAACAGUCCCGGGCCCGUCAUCAAGGUGCUAAAGGCUGCCGGGUGCACCGUCCUCCACAAGUGCACGACCAUCAGGCACGCGCAGUCUGCUGUGAAGCUUGGUGUAGAUUUCCUGUCCAUCGAUGGAUUUGAAUGCGCCGGACAUGUUGGCGAGCACGAUAUUACCAAUUUUAUUCUCCUGAGCAGAGCACGGCAGUCGCUCGGUGUUCCUUUCAUCGCGUCUGGAGGGUUCGCGGACGGACAAGGUUUAGCGGCUGCGCUGGCCCUCGGCGCAUGCGGCAUCAACAUGGGCACGCGGUUCAUGUGCACUGUUGAGGCGCCUAUCCACCAAAACAUCAAACAAGCCAUUGUCGAUGCCCAAGAGACGGACACCGAGCUCGUGCUCCGGAGAUGGAGAAACACGUCCCGGCUUUUUGCGAACAAGGUCGCAAAAGAUGCCGUAAAGAUCGAGAAGGAAAGUACAACCGGCAAGUUCGAAGAGGUGGCGCCCUAUGUAAGUGGCAAGAGAGGCCGGCAGGUCUUCUUGAAUGGUGACAAGGACUUUGGUGUAUGGACGGCCGGCCAGGUCAUCGGUUUGAUUCAUGAUGUCCCCACCUGCGAAGAACUCUUGUCCCGGAUCGAACUAGAAGCUAUUGAGGCUAUGAAGCAAUCGCGAUCGCUCUUCGUCGACGAGGGCCAACUUCCGCUCAGCUCGACCGGGACUAUGGGGAAGAGUAAGCUUUAGAUUUUUGUACAGUAGACAUAGUAGACCAAUGGCCGCUAUUUAGUAUAGAUCAAGCAACCUUUUUUAUC